AUGCAUUUAAUAUCAAAUAAUUUUGUAAAGCAAGUGGUAAUUCCUAUAUAUUCCAAAGGUCCAACACUUUUAGUACUUAAAAGAACUUGCCAUUCGACACCUAUACUAUUUGAUAAGAACGAAUCAACGCCUCCGCCAAAAAAUGCUGUUGCUGAGGGUGAUGCCGUUCAAACACAAGCUUCAAGUGAAAAAACCCCAAUGUCUCAAGAAGGUGGAAACCUUGCGUUAAAACCUGGCAAAAUUCGUCGACCAAAAUUUAAGUUAUGGUUACAUAAUGAGGGGAACAGGUUUAUUAACGUUUCUAAGGGACCGAACUACCUUAAUACAACCACACCUUUCCCUAUGAAUCCUCUCUUUAAACCCCAACCUCCAUUAAAUGAUAGAACCAAAGAAGAGAUAUGGUUAAAAUUUACGGAAGCAGAACAAACACCUCGUAAAAUUGGUGGUGAAUAUGGAAUUUCUUUAAAAAGAGUUGAAGCGAUCCUCAAGUUAAAGAAAAUGGAAAAGGAAAUGAUUAAAAAGGGCAUUACUUUGCAAGAAAACCUGAGAGAAAAUAUGGAAAGUUUGUUGGGUGCACGUUCAUUUCAUGCCGAACCUUUAACAGACAUGUUGUCAAAGAUCGGUAAACCCAAUUUUACGUUGGUUGACGAAAAUAAGGAUUUUUCGCCAGAGGAUGCGGCCAAAGCGUUACGUCGUCCAUCAUUAGCUAAACUGCAGGAAAAAGAACGCGGGAAAGAAUUGAUUCAUCCUUUUAGAUUUGAGGAAAUAUCGAAAACAAACAUUUUAAUUGAUCGUAAUAAAAAGGAACUCAAUCAAAGGUUUCAAUAUCAAUUUAAAAUUUUAGGAAAAGAACAAUAUACUAUACUUCGUGAUCGAGAUGGUUCAUUACAUAAAAUUAAAUGA